AUGACUAAUAUCAAACGAGAGGGGGAAGAAGGAACAGCAAAUAAGCGGGAGGUGGGGGAGGGAAGAAAAAUCCAAGAGCAUGAAACAACGAGCAUGAAUCGAUGGGAUGUCGUACCCGCUAUCAUUGAUGUCAUGGUUCAAUUGAAACAGACGAACGAGGAUGAGGGGCGAUGGCGAUGGCGGCGGCGGCGGCGGCGGCGACGACCACAGCAACUACGGCAGCAACAGCGGCAACGGGGUGGUGGGCGCAAAUGGGGACGUAUUCCGUGUCGUCCUGGGUGCUUCCCCACAGAUUCGCAAUGCAAAAAACAAACUCCUUAUGUCUGUUGUAUUCCCUUUUUGAUAGCAAACCAACACCUGUUAGCAGUCCUUCAUUUUAUUGAGCAACUGAACAUCCCCACUCUUAUCAAAAAGCAGGACGAGCGUCAACAGUGUUCUCUCAUUCCUCAUGGAAAUUCAUGUCCAUCUUCAGAUUCCCUUCUUGGACAACAGUACGUACAUACUAUUAUUCAAAAGAAUGGAAACAGCGUACUCCAUACAGUGCAUGGGGAUAGCCAUCAUGGUGAACAGCAGGAGCGUUGA